AUGCAGAUACCCUAUUAUCGAUUCGGCAUGGCUGUAGGAAUUGGGGAGAUGAGCAUUGUUCAUCCGGUCCUAUUUGCACUGAUUCUUCUAUCGGACUUGUUGAACUCAUUUCGGAUUGUCCGGGCGUCUGGACGUGAUGACCAGUGGGAUGCACUGAAUCGCAUUCCGUUCGUAUCGAUCGGGUCUAGACGACUGAGCCGAAUAAGUCGAGCGGAUUAUGAUGGUCGAUUACGGGAUUCCGCGAACAAACGUCUGACCGGUCAAAUCUGUUGGACUGCGGAGGGCGGUCUUGAACGAAUCACGCUACAGUUCAGCGAUUUAUCAACAAAAAUCCUUCGUUUCGAACUUGUUGCUACUACCAAUUGA